AAUGUUUCUUCUUAAUUGGUUUGGAGGUAAUAGCAAUUAGAGUGGUAAGAAUAAGAAAAAGAAGAAGAAGUAAAAUGUUGUGUAGAAUCUCAAUAAGACUUUGAUAAAUCCAAUGAAGGAAAUCAAAUUAUUUGGACAUUCAAAGAUGGGAUAUGGUCCCAAAAAAACUGAAUGCCAAGAUUCAUAUUGUACUAUGGAAAGAUUUACUGAAGAUUGUUAUUUUUUUGCAGGUUUAUUUUUAUUUUUAUAAUAAGUGUAUGAUGGUCAUGGUUCCUCAGGUAAGGAAGCAUCUUAAGCAGCAAAUGAUUAUAUUUAAACAUUCCUUGAAAAAAACCCAAAGAGAAUUAAAGCUUUGUAGAAUGAUAAACAAAGAGAGAGUUUUUUGAAGAGUGCUUUUAAAAAUGCUGAAGCAAAACUUAGAUCAUCUGGUAUUGAUUAUAGUAAUUCUGGAACAUGUGCAAUUUCAAUUUUUGUAGUUAAGAAUAUGUGUUAUAUUGCCAAUCUUGGUGAUUCAAGAGCAGUACUAUUUAGAUAAACUGCAAAAGAGAAAUUAGCUAUUGAAUUAUCAUAUGAUCAUAAACCUACAAGACCAGAUGAGAAAGAAAGAAUCAUAAGAUGUGGAGGUAAAAUAGAAAGACUGAUACAUGAUGGCUAGCCUGUGGGACCUUAUCGUAUUUGGGCAGAUGAUGAGGGUCCAGGUAUUGCUAUGACGAGAACGUAUUGAAAUUCAAAUUAUAUUAAUAAAGAUUAGGAGAUUUGCAAGCUAAGAAAAUAGGUUUGAUUUCAGAACCAGAAGUUUAACAUAUUGAAUUAACAAAAUAAGACAAGUUUAUGGUAAUAGGAUCAGAUGGUGUUUGGGAUGUGAUGAGUAGUGCAGAAGUCUGCGGAUUUGUUUUGAAACAUGAGCCUAAAGAGAGUGUUGCUGAAGCUAUUGUAUAUAUUUUUAUUUAGAGAAAGGUUACUGAAUGUAGGUCCAGAUGGGAUGAGAUGAACAAAUAAAAGAAGACUAAUUCAAAGAUUGGAGAUUUACCGUACCUGAAAUUUGGUUGCGAUGAUAUUACUGCUGUGAUUGCUUAUUUCACGUUUAUUGAUGAAUUGGAAGAUAACUAUUUCCAAUAACAGAGAUAUUGAAU